AUGCAGGUGUGGGGCGAGAUACUGCAGAUGACGGAGGAACUAAGCCUGAUGUACAAGAGUAGAGCCGAGGCACUGGCCAACCACACGGUGAACAGAGUCAACACGCUAAUAGCCGAACGGAAGGCGAUCAAGAAGAACUACAGCGAGGAAAGGUCAACGCUCGACUCCAAAAGGUCACAGUUGGGUGACAGUGUGAGCCGACUGCAACAGGACUAUGAGAAGGCACUGGAUAGCUACAAGAAUGCUCAGGCCAAACAUGAGGACUUGAAUAACAAAAGUGAGACUCGUAGAUUAUUGACAAUUACAUGCAAUAUGUACGGCAUGUGUUCGUAA